UUGGCAGGGGAGGGAGGAAACCUCUCAGCUCCCUCUCUUCUGCUACGUGCAAAGGAAAGAAAUCCUGCCAGACAAAUGAUCAUUUUUCUCUUACUAGCCAACCAGUGGUGAGUGGGAGCCCGGGGCAUCAGGACCUUGCCCGUUCUAUGCCAGAACCCAUCGCAGUGCCCAACCGCAGCAUUGGGAUUCGCUAUAAAGAUCAACCUCUGGACCUUACAUCUGCCUCUUCCCUGGCCCAUCAAUGAGCCCGGAUUUCCAGCACUAUAGCUUCAGGAUGCCUAAUAUUGGAUUCCAGAACCUCCCCCUCAACAUCUACAUCGUGGUGUUCGGCACUGCAAUAUUCGUCUUCAUCCUGAGCCUCCUCUUCUGCUGCUACCUGAUACGGUUGCGACAUCAGACGCGUAAGGAGCUGUAUGCAUAUAAACAGGUCAUUUUAAAAGAAAAAGUAAAAGAGCUGAAUCUCUAUGAGGUUUGUGCUGUUUGCCUAGAAGAAUUCAAGCCUAAGGAUGAGCUGGGUAUAUGUCCGUGCAAGCAUGCCUUUCACAGAAAGUGCCUCAUUAAAUGGCUGGAAGUGCGGAAAGUUUGCCCCCUGUGUAACAUGCCCGUCCUGCAAUUGGCACAACUACACAGCAAGCAGGAGCACGGACCUCCACAGGGGCCGCUGCCCGGAGCGGAGAACAUUGUAUAGCUUACAGCUAACGUGUCAUCGUGGGUCGCCCCUACGAGGAGCCACACAUCACAUGUCCUUACCCUGCUUCCAUGGGGCAGAUCCCAGAAUAUUGGUCGGCAGCUGAUGGAUUCCUGCGACAUUCUCCGACAUGGAUAUGUGGACUCUGUAGCAACCAAAGCACUUUCAUCGCCUGCCUCUGUGCGUUGAGACGCGAGGGAACUUGGCAGCAGUAUUUUGGCCUUGGACAAGCACUUUACAAGAUUUCGCUGAGACUCUUCCCCUCCCCCCCCCCUUUUUAACAUUUUUAUAUAGAAAUCUUUACUAGAAGUUUUCACUGUGCCAGGGCCAGAGAUGGCACAACUGUCCAUUUGCAAAGGGAAGGGAUGGCAACAAACCCAGAUGGAGUAAUGGCGCGCUAUGCAAACUGCUUACCGUAAAACCGCGCACCUAUCCUGUACACCUGCGUCUAUAUGUAAACCCUCGGCAGUAUGAACUGAUGUGGUUUUCUUAGUGUGCCCGUCACUGGCAUGCAGCCAUUUUGUCAGUUUGACCAAUAUUCCAUUUGUUAGGUCUAGUUACGGCAUCGAGGUAUGAGUCACGAGUCGCCUCGGUGCUGAAAUCCAUCGCCAGUGAUUCAACACCCAAUGUUUUAGGUGAAUUUUGCUGAUCGUUGGUCGGUUGCACUACUGGAUUCAUCCUGAAUGUUUGUCAGGACCCCAAAAAAUUCCUGUGUUUCAUCCGCUAUAAAUCAAAGCUAUACACGUCAGAUUUAAAGGGGAGCUCCAAAAUCGAUUACCCUCCCCACCCCGUCAUAGUUUUAAAUAUGUGAAAACGCUUUCUUAAUAUCUUAUUCUCAUACCGAGUUAUUGUAAUUUAAUUUUGUGUCCCUCUGACAACACUUCCUGUCACUGUGCUCUGACACUGGAGGAGAUCUGUCAAAAACUGGUCUAAAUGGAAACAUGGCAACCAAUCAGAUCCCACCUUUCAUUUUUCAGAGCCCCUUUGGAAAAUGAAAACAAUCUUAUUGGUUGAUAGGGGCUACAAAAUCAGUUUUCCAGUUUUAAGGACACUCCCCCGAGGUUCCUUCAGCAUCCAGUUUUAAGGACACUCCCCCGAGGUUCCUUCAGCAUCCAGUUUUAAGGACACUCCCCCGAGGUUCCUUCAGCAUCUAGCUUUCAUGUAUUUACCACAGCCGAGAGAAUAAAGGGGUGGUUACCGUGGGGCCCACUGUCCCUGCCAGAGUAGCGACAAUUCGAUACAGGAAUAAGCUAUUGAAAGGCAAAUUUCACAUUUUAAAGGGGAGUUGUACAGGAAGUUCUUAAACUCACCCGGUACCUGCAAAAUUUGUGAAGUGCAUUAAAGAUAGUGGCACUUAGGAAAUGUAAUCCUUUUUAUAACCCCUAAUCAUUCAUGCAGGGCUCUGUUGGCAAGAGUGUCAAUGCCGGGCCACUCAAACGGUUAUUAUGAUAAUAGACGGUAUAAUUUAUAUUUUUCAAAAACUGUCAAUAGAGAGAAAAAUGAAAAUCUAGAUUUUUUUUUUUUUUUUUUUUUUUUUUUUCAGGUUCCUAGAUUCAUAUUUACUGGCCCUUUUAUAUAUUGCUACCGGGGUCCAUCAUGUCGUCUGCCUUCACUGUAUACAAACUAGAGCACUUAAGAUGUAUAAGAUGGGUGACCCGUGAUCCUCCUUGGCACAGAGGAGUCUCGGCAUGUCUCAUAAUAUUACCCAAGGGGUUUUGUCAGGAACUAGUCAAUCAUCUCAAUUUCAGAGGAAAAUGGUGGGGGUUGGAGGCUGAGAAUAGAAGGUGACCACCCUGGUCUCAAGAGCACGGAGGAGCAGAGUAGUCACCUGUGGAGGUGAACCGUUUGAAGGAUUUGGAUUUCAGAAUGGAAGUCCUCACUUUCUAUGAUGCAUGCAGCCAUAGACCUGCCCCAUAUUGCAUUCACUUCUGAGAUUCCAAAAUGGUUUUGGUUCCUGACUUUUGAUUCGCCUUAAAUUAUGAUUUCAUGAAAAUGUAUUAUAAUUUUGGGAGGAGGAGUUGUGACUCUUACAAAUGUUCUCUGGUCAUGUCCAUGGUAAAAACGGUUCUCGGCUGCUUAAACGGGCUUGUCUGGAAUUAAAAAACCAAACAGAUUUUCCUCCAUAAACAGCGCCACGCCUGUCCACAGGUUCCGUGUGGUAUUGCAGCUCAACUACAAUGAAAUGAAUGAGACUAAGCAGUAAUACCGCAUGCAGACAGGUGAUAAUGGUGGCGCUAUUCUGCUGUUCUUGAAAUUGGGUAGCUGUGUUUUUUUUUAUUUUUUGUUUUUUUUUUUCCAUUCCUUUAGCUACAGAAAUUGCUUCUGGCUCUACCUAAUCUUAGGACCUCGCACAUAAGGUCCUGCACAUGCCCUGUCCUACAUCGAUUUUCAUAAUUGUUUCUUCAGAAAUCUUUCAGCCUGGAUAGUCUAUUAUCUAGUCCAGUGUUUCCCAACCAGUGUGCCUCCAGCUGUUGCAAAACUACAACUCCCAGCAUGCCCGCACAGCCAAAGGCAUGUCUGGGCAUGCUGGGAGUUGGUUUUGCAACAGCUGGAGGCACACUGGUUGGGAAACACUGAUAUAGUCUGUCCCAUUGUGUUAUUUCCAGUAUUUUGUCUCCAAGGCCUCACUUUAUUUGGCACUUUUUUUUUUUUUUUUUUUUUUUUUUUUUAGCUGUAAAAGGCUUAUUGAUGUGAAAUGUGAUGGAUGCAAAAACAAAAGUUUACAUAUGCCAUUUAUCUACAUAAAAAGUUGAGUUACAGUGUAAAUAUAUUACUUAUCCUGUACUGAUCCUGAGUUACAUCCUGUAUAAUACUCCAGAGCUGCACUCACUAUUCUGCUGGAGGAGUCACUGUGUACAUUCAUUACAUUACUGAUCCUGAUUUACAUCCUGUAUUCUACUCCAGAGCUGCACUCACUAUUCUGCUGGUGCAGUCACUGUGUACAUACAUUACUUAUCCUGUGUUGUACUGCAGAGCUGCACUCACAAUUCUGCAGGCUUUUUUUUAUAUCUCGCAAUAAUCCCUCUUUUUCAGUGUCUGCCCAGAGCUUGCUUUGGUAAUGUGUUGGGAGGCGUUGUCUUUACACCAGACACUAUACCAGGCAUGUCCAAACUGCGUCCCUCCAGCUGUUGCAAAACUACAACUCCCAGCAUGCCCUAAUAGCUGUAAGCUACCCAGGCAUGCUGGGAGUUGUAGUUUUGCAACAGCUGGAGGGCCGCAGUUUGGACAUGCCUGCACUAUACAGUAAACUAACACAGGAAAAUCUGACUUUUCCCCAACAUUAAAGGAGUUCAGCUGUGCCACUUCACAUAAGGCAUCAGCCAGCAGAAUUGCGAGUGCAGCUCUGCAGGUUUAUAUAAUUGAUGACUCGUGAUCAGUACAGGAUAACUAAUGCAAAUGACUCAGCUUUUUAUGCAGACUUGGUCUAGAUGUACGUUGUAUAGAUUUCAUGCAACUUAAGUAUUGCCAAUAUUAACUAACUUUGUUAGUGCUUUGACAGUGCCGUGGAUUUCCGCGUCGCGGUAUUACGCGUCCAUUCCCGUUCAUUCAUUGAACUCCAUUUUCAUUCUGUAGAUUGAGUUACACAAAUCUCCCAGCAAGUGCCAGUGGGGUUGCUGAGCUGUACGGUCCCGGCCUGUUGUACCCUCCGGGGCCCUCAGUUUAUAGAGUCCCAGCCCGAAAAGGCAUCUACCCUUUUAAGUAUUUCAGAAUAAGUAAGCCUAAUUAAUCUGUGAGCACUUCUAAUAGACAAUAAAAAUAAAAUAAAAAAAACUAUAAAAAAAGUAAAAUAUUGACCAAACUUUUUGGAUUGUUGGUUGAUCCAUGAUGUACAGUAUCUACAGCUUUGGUACUGUUCUUUCAAUCCAUAAUGUGCUACUCCAGUGGACGAGCCAUCCAUGAUUUAAAAGAAAAAAAGAAUAAAAAUUAAAGUGUUUUUUAGCUUUUUGAUUCCAUAUGAAUCGCCCAUGGUGAUUGGUUAAGUAUAGUGUACUGGUAAAUUUCUAGUCGUGCCUGAGUGAUUAAAUAGUCGAGUGUUCAUACUUGCCUAUAGGAAGAUGUCUGUAGAGUAUACAAUGGGUUUUAGGGUAUUUUUGGUAUUAUUACUUGUUGGAUCUCUUUGGAUUUAUCCGCCCUCUGGUGACAUUAGCUAAUUAUAUUUGCAUUUUUCUUUUCUUUGCGGUGUCUCAUAAAAAAAAAAGUCGGCAUCAUUUGGUCAAAUCGGUUGACAAUUUUUGUCCCUUUAAAUGGACCAUGGUGGCAGCCAUCUUGUGGUGUAAAAAAAUAAAAAAAAAUUUUUAAAAAAAAAUCUUAACUAGCAGAAUAUUAACUGGAAACUAGUCAGAUAACUUCACUGGGAAGCUGCCUAACUAGUAUUAUGUGGAAAUGGAUUGGUUGAUUGUAUCUUUGCCACACAAAUGGAGGCAGCCAUUUUGUAGGCCGAACCAAUCUGUCAGAAAGUUAGGGGACGUCAGUUUCCUUUUGUAAUGGGUUACAGUGCAUGACUGGCCUUCAUGGUUGUGUACAGGUAAUCCCAACAAAAGUGUUGCCACUGAUGUACAGACAAUAGAUUUGUCCCCCCUGUAUUAUUAUUAUAUUUUUUUUUUUAUAAAGCCUGUCCAAUAAAUGUCACUUGGUAUCAUAUCGAUAGUGAUAGGUCCAGUCCCUGGCCACGUGAAUAGUGCACCAAUUAACACUUUAAAGGGCAAUUGCAGACAGAGGGGGAGAGAGUUUCCUAGACCUUUGUAUCUAUGCUAGUGCCCAUAGGGGGCAGUAUUAACGCAUUGAAAGUUGAUCUAGUGAAUCUAUUCGGAAUUAAAAAAAAUAAAAAAUUAAGACUGAGUGACAGCCAUUUUAUGUGCUAAUGUCACUCAGCAGAGUCAACAAUGAGCAUAAAAAAACUCCGAUAUCGAACGGAGUAUGAAUCUGUGCUCCAUUAUUAUGCCUGGUGGGAGUGGUAUCUAGAAUUUAAAAUGAGCGGUGGUGCCAAUGACUUAAUCUAUCCGUCAUUCCUAGUUUGUACUCUCUAGAAGAAUAUGCCAGGGGCAAUGACGAGUGUCGCGGCCCUUUAUUUAUUAUUAUUUAAAUAAAAAAAUUAUCUGUAUUUUUGUGUUUCGAAAUAACCUUUUUAUAUACCGUCACGUGUUCAGUAAGUCUCGGUGUCGCGAGAUUAGGCCUCAUGCACACGCCUGUAUCUGUUUUGCAGGCCGCAAAUAGCGGGUCUAUGUGCUGUCCGACUUUUUUUCAGAACCCACUGACUUCAAUGAGCCCUUAGAACAUGUUCUAUAUUUUUGCAGAAUGGACAUAUGGAUGUUAUUCCCGAAAGAGAUGGAACAUGGCCUACACGUGUCCGCAUAAUGCAGACCGCAGACCCAUGAAGUCAAUGGGUCCGCAAAUAAGGUGAAUGCAACACGGACCGCAUUCCGUAUUUUGUGGAUCUGCCGUUUGCAGACAAAUACAUCCGGUCAUGUACAUGAGGCCUACAGGAAACUCCUAAUAUAGUGUUUUAUACUGAAGAAAUGUUUUUGUUUUUUUUCUCAUUUACACUUUUAUUUCCCCCCCCCUUUAUUUUGCGGCGUUUACUUGUCCUUCAGUCCAAUGUUCUAUUGUCCAGUCAGUGCUUUUUGUUUGUUUCUGUUUUGUUUGUGAGACCUCAGGUUCUCGGUUUCAUAGACGUGUUUGUACACUAAAGAGAAAAUUCUGCAGCAGAAUAUUUUUUAAAACGUAAAUAAAAAAACUCACUUUUUUUGUAAGCUAUAUUUUUGUAUAUUUAAUUUCUAUUAAAUACUGUGUUUUUGCUAACUACGGUAUUCAUAUGAAAGAAGAAAACUGUUUUGCAUGCGAUUUGACUUGAACUGUAAAUAAAGAAGAACUUCGGAAAA